CCCCCAUAGCUACUGCCAGCUAUGCCCUCUCCUGACCUCUCUGCGCCCAGCUUAUUAUAACUCGUCGACUCCAUCCACCGCCUCCAGACAACAUCGUCUGGCCACCACCACAAUGUCAUCGACCCCUCAGUCCGACGACCGCCGCUCGCGGGCAAGCAGCAGAGCUGAUGCACUGCCUCUAAGCACUCCCCCUUUGCCAGUCUCGACUGGCCCGGCUGUCGUUUUCGACUCAUCCGAUUUUGUGCGCCGGAAGAGCCUCCGCACCCAAGCACCCGUGGAUAUACGCCUCCUGGAGUAUGUGCCCAAGUGUGACAGCAACCUGGUGUGCUUGAUCUGCCAAUGUCCCUUCGACAUACCCACCAUGCUCGCCUGCGACCACGUCUUCUGUCGCGAGUGCUUAGACCAUGCAUUCAGGGCUCAGGACCACCGCUCGAAGCGCUGCCCUACCUGCCGAACCCAUGUCGACCCCAAGAAGGAGCCCAUCCCCGUCCCUCGAAUCCUGCUGUCGAUGCUGGAGGACUUGAUGGUCAAGUGCCCGAAUACGAAGGCUGGUUGCACGUGGUUGAACAAGCGGGAUGGCGUGCAGAAUCAUGUCGAUCUGUACUGUGGAUUCUCGACGGUCGAAUGCCCUGCCGGGGAUUGCCGGUUCAGUGUCUUGCAGAAGGACUUUCACAAGGGGUGUCUUCAUUACACCGUUAGCUGCGAGCUCUGCUACACGUCCAUCAUGAAGAAGGAUCUUGAGGAACAUCAACGCACUGUCUGUGCUCAACGAAUGAUCAAGUGCCCGCAUUGCGAAGUGGAAAUGCUACGUCUAGACCUCAAAGUCCACAUCAAAGACGUCUGCCAGUUUGCUCCGACCGCCUGCCCCGGUGCCAUCGUCGGCUGCGGCCACACCUGUGACCGUCGAUUUGUGCCUGCCCAUGCCAAAACCUGCUCGAUGGCCACUAUGGCCCCAUUCUUCCAAGCCCAGAAGACGCGCCUCGACGAUCAGGAAGCCGCGCAGAAGCUCCUCCAACGCAAAGUCGACAUCCUCGAAGGCGGUUUUACCAACAUUAGCAACAUCGUCUAUCCGACGAACUCAUCCGACGAUUCUUCCUUCCCUGUCACCAACCCUCUGGAUCCCAAUGCGGCCGAGCCUUUACCGGAAACUCCCGAUUUCCGCCUUCCACCAGCUUCGUUCCCUCCACCUGCCGCCUCUACAAACAACCCACCUCCACCUCCAUUCGAUAUCUCUACUCACCACCUCCUCUCGCUACACGAGUCUCUUCGCGAGGAGGUCGGCCGUAUCGCCAACGACCUCGCUUCCCUCGAGGGUCGCACCCACCUUCUCAUCCUCAACGAGAACCAGCGCGCCAAAGAGGAGAUGCUGCACACCAGCGCUGCCAUCAACAGCCUCCGCACGCAAGUCCAUUGGCUCUUGAGUGCGAGGCUGCAGCAAGGGCGCGCGUCCGCAUCUGGCGGUGCCUCGGCCAGCGCGGGCGGGAGCGGGAGUGCUAGCGUGCCUGCAGGGAGCAGUCUGGGGUCUGCGAGCUUGGGCCCGCUGCGCAGGCUGAGCGACUCAACCCGGCAGGACACGAAGCUGUGAUUUGAGUUCGCACACCACACGUUAUCACGUUUCGGCAUCAGCAUCAUCAGCAUCAUCAGCAUGAAAAGAAGAAAGAUACAAAAAUUGAAUCAAAAUGAGAGGACCGAUUAGGUUGGACCACGGUUUGCAUGGAUGCUUGGCACGGAAAAAGUUCAAGGUGACUGGAUUACGACAUCAUACUUACGCCCGACAUGAAUAAUACGAACACAUACAUGAAAAAAAAAGGGGGGGACGGGAUUUUCUACCUGACGACCGGCUCGCCUGCCAAGCUCUGC